AUGGUGACACUGAACCAGGUUAAAAAGUUAGCAUCUUUGAUUGGUGGACAGUUUUUAUUGACGUUCUCAAGAGAAGUUACCCAUGUCAUUGUUAAAACAGUAUCAGAAAAUGUGCGACAUUGUGAUCGAACACUGAAGUAUUUUCUAGGAAUAGCUAAUAAGUCGUGGAUUUUACCAUACAAAUGGAUCCAAGACUCCCUGGAAAAGAAACGGCUUUUAAAAGAGGAAUCAUAUGAAAUUAUUGGAGACUCUGUAAACGGUUGUGCUCAUCGUGGUCCCACAAGAUCUCGGCUUUCGCAUGUGCCUCUAUUCAAACAGUUUGAGAUUUAUGUGGUUGGAGAAAGCUCUGAGCUGACACAAGUUUUGUUUAUUUUUUUUUCUUUCUCUUUCUCCUGUCUUUUUUUUCUUCUUCUUUCUGUCUUUUUUUCUUCUUUCUUUCUUUUUUUUUCUUCUUUCUGUUUUUUUUUUCUUCUUUCUUUCUUUUUUUUCUUCUUUCUUUCUUUUUUUUCUUCUUUCUGUCUUUUUUUUUCUUCUUCUUUCUGUCUUUUUUUUUCUUCUUCUUUCUGUCUUUUUUUUUCUUCUUCUUUCUGUCUUUUUUUUCUUCUUUCUUUCUUUUGUUUUCUUCUUUCUGUCUUUUUUUUCUUCUUUCUGUCUUUUUUCUUCUUCUUCUUUCUGUCUUUUUUUUCUUCUUUCUUUUUCUGUUUUUCUUUCCUUUUUUUUCUAUUUUUUUUUCUUCAUUUUUUUUUUUUGUCUUUAUUCUGCUUUUCUAUUUAUCCUUUCUCUUUUUUUUUUUUUUUGUACCUUUUCGUUCAUCCUUUUCGUUUUCUAUUCUUUUUCAGAUUUUCUUCUGGUUUUCUUUUCUUGCUUUUCUAUUUACUUCCACUCCCCCUUUUCUUUUUAUGUCUUUCCUCCAUUUAUAUUAAUUUAUUUUUUUGUUCACCUUUUUUUUUUAUUCAGCCUUUUUGUGUCUUUUUGGGGAUUUUUCUGGAUUUUUCCCAUUUUACAAUAUUUUGUGGGUCUUGUCUCUCUCUUUUUUUUUUUUUUUUACUCUUUUUGUCUUUUUCUUUUCUUUCCUUUUUACUCUCUCUUUUUUUUGUUACAUUUUAUUUUUAUUCCAUUUUUUGUCUUCUCCUUUUUUCAACCAUUUUGUUUCCAUUUUUCUUUUUUUCACACAUUUUGUCAUUUUUUUGUCUCCUUUUCUUUUUCCUUUUCUUUUUUGUAUCCUUUUCUUUUUUGUAUCCUUUUCUUUUUCCUUUCUUUUUUGUCCCCCUUUCUUUUUCCUUUCUUUUUUGUCCCCUUUUCUUUUUCCUUUCUUUUUUGUCCCCUUUUCUUUUUCCUUUCUUUUUUUGUCCCCUUUUCUUUUUCCUUUCAUUUUUUGUCCCCUUUUCUUUUUCCUUUCUUUUUUGUCUCCUUUUCUUUUUCCUUUCUUUUUUUGUCUCCUUUCCUUUUUCCUUUCUUUUUUGUCUCCCUUUCUGUUUCCUUUCUUUUUUGUCUCUCUUUCUUUUUCCUUUCUUUUUUGUCUCUCUUUCUUUUUCCUUUCUUUUUUGUCUCCUUUUCUUUUUCCUUUCUUUUUUGUCUCCUUUUCUUUUUCCUUUCUUUUUUGUCUCCUUUUCUUUUUCCUUUCUUUUUUGUCUUCUUUUCUUUUUUUUUGUUACUUUUGUCUCUUUUUUUUUUUUUUUUUUUUUUUUUUUACAGUCAGUUUUAUCUCCUUUUUUUUCUUUCAUUUUUUUCUCCUUUUCUUUUUAG